AUGAGGAACGUGGGCAGUGUGCGGUCGCAACUUUUCAUGGCCAGAGAGCUCAUCUCCCAGCUUGACGCAGCACAGGAGCACAGACAACUUUCAGACGAAGAAUCUAUGUUCAGGAAAGAACUCAAGUUGCGUUCUCUAGGCUUAGCGUCCUUGGCGCGCACAAUUGCUCGGCAACGAUCAAGAAUUCGUUACCUGGAAGAAGGGGAUGCCAAUACAAGAUUCUUCCACCUUCAGGCGUGUCACAGGAACAGAAAAAACCUCAUCCCCACGCUGCAGCAUGAUGGCGUCUGUUUCUCGGCGAAUGAUGAAAAGGCCAACCUAUUCUAUGACUACUACAAUGGCAUUUUUGGAAUGCCGUUUCAACGCCAGCAUGCGAUUGAGCUUGAUGGCUUGCUGCCUCAGCUUGAUCUUGAGGGUAUUGACGCGUGCUUCACUGAAGCUGAGGUAUGGGCAGCGGUGAAUGACAUGCCGCCUGACCGCGCUCCAGGUCCGGACGGAUUCAUGGAAGGUUCUACCGAGUGGCUUGGGGAAUCAUCAGGCACAACCUUGUCGCUGCAUUCAACGCCCUCUGGUCCUUGGAUGCGCGGAGCUUCCACCACCUGA